AUGAACCUGACCUCCAGCUCUGAUGGUUUCCACUUCCUUACCAAUAGUUCUCCUGGUAUGAGAGAUGAGCCUGAUACUACCAUCAUAGGUGGCUCUUACCAGGAGUUGGCCAUAUUAUCUGACAAUGUUGGUGGGUGGAAGCAGCAUAAUGUUAGUCAUGUCUCAUGGCAAGGAGGAAACUUCACUGAUUCACCAGUUAACAGGACAUUAUUGCUGCCAGCAGAGGAGUUUGACCCUUUAGGAGGACAUACUAUCUUACAGGUCAUCAUAAUUGUCUUCCUCACUGGAUCGCUUUCUCUUCUCACUGUUGUUGGCAACAUCCUAGUGUUGGUGUCAUUCAAGAUCAAUAAGGCACUGAAGACAGUGAACAACUACUACCUGCUAAGCCUAGCAUUUGCUGACCUUACAAUUGGCACACUUUCAAUGAACCUGUAUACCACCUACCUCAUAAUGGACCAGUGGGCUCUGGGGCCAGUGAUCUGUGACUUGUGGCUUGCAAUAGACUAUGUGGCCAGUAACGCCUCAGUCAUGAACCUGCUUGUUAUCAGCUUUGACAGGUAUUUCUCUGUUACCAGACCUUUGACAUACCGGGCCAAGCGUACAACAAAGCGAGCAAUGACUAUGAUUGGAUUGGCCUGGUCAAUCUCUUUCAUUCUCUGGGCCCCAGCCAUCCUGUUCUGGCAGUACAUUGUGGGUGAGCGGACAGUCCAGCCCAAUGAGUGCUACAUCCAGUUCCUGUCCGAGCCCAUCAUUACAUUCUGCACUGCUAUAGCUGCGUUCUACUUGCCAGUAACUAUUAUGGCAUUCCUGUUUUGGAAGAUCUAUCAGGAGACAGAGAAGCGUGUUAAAGAUAUGGAAGGUCUCAAGGGAUCUGGGUCAGGUAACCGCCCAAGCCAGGCUCAGAAUCAAAGAACCAUGCAGCGCCAAAUGAGCUCUCAAAGCUGCAGCAGCUAUGAACUAAAUCAGCUGGCUUCAGAGAAGAAAAACAAGGACACUGUCAGCAUACAAGGAGGAACGGGAAGCAGAAGGAGGUGUGGCGCAUUCUGCUUCCAGUUUUCAUCACUGCUACCAGGUCGCCAUGCAUCCAAGAGGUCUGUCAACACCACAACAACUACAGUGGGUGAAGCAGAGCAGAGCAGCUGUGACAGCUUUAACAACAAUGAAGUUGGAGCCUCUGGGGACCAGUCAGGUUCAGAGGAUGAAGCUGACGGUGCAGACCCAUCAAAAUCUCCAACAGAUGGUAAAAAAUCUAGAAAGGUGAAAAACAACAAAGAUAAAGGAUCAUCAUCUUCCAAAAGUCGAAAAGGUUCACAAUCAAACCCUGUCAUCUCAUCACCCGCCGACCAAUCACCUGCAGCCAUCACCAUGAAGGAUGCAGCGAUGGCCAAACGCUUCGCCUCUAAGGCCAAGACAGAGGUCAGCAAGCGUAAGAAUGAAAAAAAGGCAAAUGAAAAGAAAGCAGCACGGACACUCAGUGCCAUCCUCUUCGUCUUCAUCAUGACGUGGCUACCAUACAAUAUCAUGGUGUUGGUCAACACUUUCUGUCAGGACUGUAUACCCGAAACUCUUUGGGCACUGGGCUACUGGUUGUGUUAUGUUAACAGCACAAUCAACCCAAUGUGCUAUGCCCUGUGUAACAAGACCUUCCGGACAACUUUCAGGGAUAUCUUGAUGUGCCAGUGGGAUCAAAAGAAGAACAAUCCUCAUUUUCAACAGAGGAAGGCUGUGGCUUUCAAGAAAAAAGACCCAAUGUAG